AUGGAGUGGAAGCACGCCAAGUCUCCUCCUACCAAGAAGUUCAAGUCAUCCAGAUUGACCAGGAAGGUUAUGGUCAUCAUAUUUUGGAAUAGCCAAGGCAUCAUCCACAUAGAUUACCUUCCACGAGGAACUACGAUGAAUGAGGAAUAUCAUGGUAUUAUAGUGAGACAGUCCAUCAAGAAAAAGCGCCAAGGCAAACUCAGGCGUGGAGUUCUUCUUCAUCAGGACAACGCUCCAGUCCAUACCAGUCGUGUUUCACUGGCUGCUGUCGAUGAAUGUGGAUUUGAAAUCCUACCUCACCCACCCUAUUCUCCAGACCUGGCACCAACUGACUACCACCUGUUUCCUAACGUGAAGAAGCACCACCGUGGUAGGAGAUUUGAGGAUGAUCACGAACUCACUACAGCUGUAGAGACGUGGAUACAGGACCAGGAAAAGGACUUCUAUAGACAAGUCAUAAAUACCUGA